AUGGCUCCUGCAAUUCACCCACCGUGCACUCCAUCAGCAUCAUGCGCACCGGUGCGAUGCCAUCCUACACCUCCACCAUGCCAAAAUCCAGAGCGAUGUCUGAAAAAAACUACUUCAAAAGGCAUCAAGCCUUGCCAGAGUGCCGUGUCUAUAAUGUCUACAAGAUCAAGGACAAGAUGCUCAAGCUGUGGCAAGUUUAAAGGUGCCAAUGAUCCCAGGAAAGUUAAAGAAAUUGAAAAGUUUUUAAAGAAAAAGUCGAAAGAAGCAAAAAUGAAGAAGAAAGAUAGACUGACGGGAAGUCAUAGCUACACAAAAUAUGUAAGGAAACAAGGCAAACCAAGGUCAAAAACUCAAUGUUGUGCUGGAAAAGGACAUAGAGGUCGUUUAAAAAAGAAAAAACGCUGUGAAAUCUUAUAA